UCUUCGGCAACCGUCCUCGUCAUCGCCGCGGUGCAUUGUGGUCGCACACUGUGCUCUUGCCUCUGCCCUCUUCUUGGCUCAUUUCUUCCAUCAUUCUAAGCUGGACUACUUAGUUCUCGGCCUGAGGCUGUACUUUUAGAAGCGUGUGUAGUUGGCUACAGGUAAAAGACAUUUGUUCCCGGGGACUUCGUUUUCUGCCUCUAAUUUUAAACAAAAUCCCAAUGCUAACAGCUAACAGGUAACUAGCAUUAACUAGUUAAGUUGAGGAUCUAUCACGCUGCAGACACCACCUGGGACUUUAAUGAAAGAUAAGCUAAGACCGCAUAACAGCAUGAGUGACCUUCGAGGAAGCUACCCGAACCAAUGUAACGUUGUACCGGUGGUGAAACUGUCCUCUACCUGUGGAUACGCCUCGUCUCCUUAACAGCCAGUCAAACAACCAAUCACACAGGAAAUGCAGUGCGCCUCAGUCUGUCAUUCCUUCUUCCUCUGUUCAUGCAGGCUUCUUGUCUCCACCACCUUUGGCUGCAGAUGCAUGUGCGGUGAUCUCCUUGCUGCCUCGGCGGUGCGAUGUCUCUGCGCAGGGUGCUGCUCGCUGGCUGCAUGAACUGCUGCAGGAUGUAUCCUCCACCUGCUGGCAACUUUCACCCAAAGAGCCUCUUGAGUUCUGUCAUUUACUUUCCCUCAAGAACAAUCGGGACCGGGAGCUCCAUCCUAUGUUGUGCUCUGGCAGCACCCUCCCCGCUGAAGUACUCUGUGCCCCGUGGAAAUAGAAAAGUGGGAUUGUUCAGCAGGAAUUACAGCGGAAUCGGAUCAGAUGCAUUUUUCAGUCAAACCCUGCCGGUGUCAAGAUGUCAAGCCAGAAGAUUUCAUCAGCCUGCUGCGUUAGGAAAGAAGAACGUGCUACCGCAAAGUGCCCCAUGGCCAAUGUCCUUGGUCCGCUACAGAGUGACGGAGGUCUCCAGUCUGUCCCCAGCUUUUGUAGUGAUGAACUUUGACCAAGAGGGAAAUGUGACAUCAUUUGAGAAGAAGAAAACGGAGCUUUGUCAGGAGCUUCGCCUUCAGGCCAGGGACCUCCGCUUUCAGCACAGUACCAGCUUAAUAGCUAGAAACAACUGCAUCAUCCUACGGAUGGAGUCUUUGAAAGCCAUCGUGACCCCGCAGUCCCUGUUGGUGUUGGAUUUCCGCGGUUUGGGACUGGAGCGUUGGCUGGUUCUGGAACUGGCCCCUCAGCUCGCUUCACAGUCGCACUCUCUGCCCUUUGAGUUCAGAGCGCUGGAGGUCAUCCUGCAGCACAAGAUAAACACUCUACAAGCUCAGCUGAAUGACGUCGAGCCAGUAAUGUUGGACACACUGGAAUCCCUGCUGGAUCCUAAAAGCCUUUCUGCUGAUAGAAGUAAACUACAUGUUCUGCUGCAGAACAGCAAGAGUUUAUCGGAGUUGGAGACUGACAUUAAAGUCUUCAAGGAUACCCUGCUAAAGAUUUUGGAUGAAGAGGAGAUCAUUGAAGAACUGUGCCUUACAAAGUGGACGGACCCAAGAGUUUUUGAGGAGAGCAGUUUGGGUAUUGACCAUGCGGAGGAGAUGGAACUGUUACUGGAUAAUUAUUAUAUGCAGGCUGAGGAGCUGGGGAACAAGACCAGAGAGCUAAAAGGGCUGAUAGACGACUCUGAAAGUGUUAUCUUUAUCAACCUGGAUAGCCAUCGUAACGUGAUGAUGCGCCUCAGCCUGCAGCUGUCGAUGGGUUCCUUCUCCCUUUCCUUAUUCGGUCUCAUAGGGGUGGCCUUCGGAAUGAAUUUGGAGUCGUCCUUCGAAGAAGAUCCCCGCAUUUUCUGGCUGGUGACAGGCUUCAUGUUCUUGGGCAGCGGGAUGAUAUGGAGGAGACUGCUGUCGUUUCUGGGGCGACAUCUAGAGCCUUCAGUUCCCCCUCUUAUCCCUCAAGUCUGGAAGAGAAAUCUCAAAGCAUCAGACUACAAAACAGGAGUCCGAUGAUGUUUUGUGCGACGGACAUCUUACGGACUGCUGCUCUAGGGACGAUUGUUUUGUCACCAUGGACCUCCUGAACUCUCUGCAAGGCUGCAUUGUCGUUGAGACUGCAUUCAAAUGUUUCGGGUCUCUAAUGUUGUAUGUGUGCUUUUGUGUCUUCUGCGUUUCUGGCACAAUGUUACCAGAAUUAUGAAUGGCUUUGGCACAUUUUGUAUUGCUCUGUUAUCUGUAGUUUUAGAGCAGUGGGCGGAUGCUUUUUGCGAAAGGGAUGACAUCCCAACCAAUGAUAACCCUCUGGACGUGCACCUGAUGAUCGGAUAUCUGCUGGGACGGUCAACAUAACUCAUAAAAGGCAGUAACACACUGUCAUGCAAAAAGUCAGAGCUGCCUCGGAAAUGAUUCCUUUAAAAAAACAUAGUCAGUUUGAAAAAUGUUAUUUUAUAUUGUGUCUCACUUUUUUUAUGUCUCCAAAUCACAAAAACAAAUGGUCCAGAAGAAAUGAGGGACUUUCAAGAGUAUGACUUGAAAGUUAUUGACUUCAUCCUUUUACCAUCAACAUAAAAGGUCAUAUUCAAAAUGUUAUAGGCGGAGCUUCUUUAUACUUAUUGCCUUGUCUCUUUUUAACAGGCCAGCGCAGUAGGAAAAGCAUAUUUUAAUGUUCCUGUGAUAUUUGUUUGUUGACAUUCAUUUUAUUUAAUCAUUUUGCUGAACUGGUCAAAGGAGAUGUUCCUUCUUUUCCCCAGCUACAUCCUUCCCCUUUUGGCUUGCAUGUCUCUGCAUUAUAUUUAAUGCCUCUAGAAAAUAUUCUGCAUUCUUGGAAUGUGUUACUGUUCUUAACCACAUUGAGUCAAGGUGGAUAUGAUUUGACUUUUCCGACAUGGAAAACAAAACCAAAAUCUCUUUAAUGCCAAAUAAAAAAAUAAAAAGUACAAAUUGACAUUUAUGUUUAGAAGUGUGACAAACUCCUAAUUACAUUCUCUGAAGACGCUUUACAAUAAAUCAUUUUGAUCAUUCCUGUGGAA